AUGGCCCAUCUGAGCUCAAACCUAAUCUCCAAAUUUCGCGAAGCCCGCGGCAACCUCGUCACCCUCAUAGACCAGCAAGCCGUCUUCCUCCGUCUCGACAUCAACUCUCGCAACUACGUCAUCCCCUGCCUCCGCGGCCAAAUUCCCCAAUAUCUCGACAUCGUCGAGACCAUCUCGAAGAAAAUGGCCGUCGACAGCCGCCACCAUCCCUACGUCCUGGUCCACCAAAAAGAUUUCUACAGCGUGACAGUGCCGAUGCACUGCGCCGCGCUGAAGGGCCAGUGCGCCCAUCUCGCGAACAGAUUGCGCGACAACAACUGCACCGAUAUUCCCAUCGCUGUUGCAAAGCAACUUGACGACCUCAUUGCUAACCUUCCCUUCUGA